CCUUGUCAAGAUGGCAACCGUCGCGCGAGGAACAAGUUCGAUCUUCAUUAUGCAUCUGUUCCUCAUCAGAAUCCACUCCCCUGGGCCCCGCCCCCUUAUAAGGUCCCGGGUGGUUAUCGGGAAGGUCGCCUAGCUUGCCCCAGCCCACCACCCUCCACAACUGCGUUUCGUUCUUCUCGACGCCGCGCGUCUUUUGCACUUUCAUUCGCUUCUUCCGGACCAGGUGUCGCCCUCUCCGUUGCUCACUCGCUUUAUCUGCUGCCUCUCCUUUUUGAACGCCUUUUUUCUACAACUUCCUCGCCUUUAGCGCCCCUCAGCUUCAGCUCGACAAGUUCAAUCUAAACCCAGUCCCCUCACCUAUCAACCGACACAAUGCUUUCGCCCAUUCUCCUCACCGUGGCACUUGCCCUCUUCUCUGCUCCUUCCGCCGUCGAAGGCCGCAUCCGUUGGAUGGAGCGGGAUGACAGGGCUGUCCUCCUUCACCCUCGCCGUUUCGGUCAGGAGCACCCUGCCGUGAUCGAGAAGCUCUCGUCUGCCUGCGACGGCGCAGUGUGCGGUAACCUCGCCGGUCAGGCGAUUACCCCGCUGCUUGCCGCACAGGGCGAGUGCACUCAGCAGGACAUGGCCGACGCAAUCAUUGACGCAAGCCGCCAAUUUGAUGACGCUACGCAACAGAACAUGAUCGCCCUCGCGCAGGAGUACCGCCAGGCGGAGAAGAACACGCCCCCUGACUUCUCCACGAAUCCCCCCGCCAACCGCAACUCGGUCUUCUGUCAGAAGGCGCCGAAGAACGCGGAGCUCAACGGGCUUGUGCAAGCACAAGACCCCGCGAACGACCCUGACCUCUUCUUCGACCCGGCGACGAAGGCGACCGUCCACCUCGGCGACCAAGCCAACACGCAGCCGUUCGGUGGCGCCGCGAGCUCGAGCGGGUCGUCUGACUCCUCUGCCAGCGCCUCCUCCGGCGACGCUUCCGCGUCUGCAACUUCCGCUGGCGCUGCUUCCACUUCCGCGGCGGCUACGACCGCUGCUGCCGCUGUAGCGUCGGCCACCGACGCCGCCUCCUGCGCCGCUCCAUCGAGUGUCGACACCGGUGCCGCUGCUGUCGCCUCCGGCAGCAGCUCGUCCAGCUCGUCCUCGACCGGCGCCUCGGGCGACAUUGGCGAUUUCGGCUCCUGCUCUGUCCCCCAGAUCGAGUUCGGCCAGGGCUUCGACAACAGGAAGGAGACUGCCUUCCAGCCCGUCGACAAGGCCUCCUACAACCACGAGUCCGCGCAGAACAUGGACAUCAUCAGCCAGUUCAUCUGCGACACGCUCACCAACUCGUGCGGCGCGGACGACACGGCGAAGGCGACGUGCCAGUCGGCCAUCGCUGCGUCGAAGCAGGCGGAGGCGAAGACGGGCGGCCAGGCGGACGCUUUCAACGCGGUGUUCGGGAUUUCGACUGACUUCGCCUCGCAGGAUGUGAUCGACAACCAGGGCAAGGUCGUCUCCGCCGGCACUGGCUCGAGCGGCUCUGCGUCCGCGAGCUCGUCGGCGGACGCUUCGGCGUCGACGUCGUCCUCCGACUCGUCCUCUGGUUCAUCGGAUUCUUCCGACUCCUCUGAUGCGUCUGCCUCGUCCGCGGAUUCCUCUGCCACCGCUACCGCUGCGUCGUCCGCCUCGUCUGCCGCGUCCUCUUCGAGCAGCUCCGCCAGCACUGGCGGCGCCGACUUCGGGAGCUGCUCGACGCCGGAGAUCGAGUUUGGCCAGGGCUUUGACAACCGCAAGGAGACCUCCUUCCAGCCCGUCGACAAGACCUCGUACGACCACGGCUCCGCGCAGGCCAUUGGCAUCAUCGCUCAGUUCAUUUGCGACACGUUGACCAACAAGUGCCAGGCGAACCAGGCCGCGAAGGACCUUUGCAAGCAGGCGCAGGAUGCUGCGAACGGCGGCACGGCCAAGACGGGUGGUCAGGCUGAUGCUUUCAACGCGGUGUUUGGGACUACUACGAACUUUGCCGACGUGACGCCCAUUGACGACCAGGGCCGCGAGGUCGGCGCCGCUGCGGAUGCUAACGCGCAAGUCGCGACUGGCAACAACAGCAACUCUUGCUCCGCCGAUAACUCCUCUUCCUCGAGCUCCAGCAGCGCCGCCGCCGCCAGCUCCACCGCCAGCGCCUCUGACUCCACGUCGAGCGCCGCCGCGAGCUCGUCCGAUAACCUCCAGACCUUCACCGGCGCGCUCGGCGGCGUCACCGCGCCGACGGUGACCGCAACGGCCGAUGGCAAGUUCCAGGUCGAGGGCAACUCGGCGUUCAACAGCCAGCAGAGCGCCGUCGUCCGCUCGUGCGACGUGCAGCACAACAGGUGCGCGAACGCGGCGAACUCGUCUGGGAACCAGGGAGACCUGACCGUCGACGCCUGCGGCCAGCAGCAAUCGGACUGCAUCGCCCAGGCUGGCGGCCAGUGAUUGCUCUCUGAUGUACAUUGAGCGUUUUAGUGCAUACUUUUUCAUUGGAAUGACAUUCGCUUUUGUGGAGGGUAUAUUCAUGCGGGAGAUUGACCAAACGCGCGAGAAUAACCUUCGAUGCACUGCACGUUGACACGCAUGAGAGUGGCCCACUUACAAUUCCUGACACUUGGGAGGGAUGUUAGCCGACCAGGAUGAAGUAAAGGGACCUACCGUAGUGGCAGUGCAUCAGAGCGUGAGUAGAAG